AUGGUUCAUAUUAUGACAUGUGAAACGGCUGCUGAAAUGUUUGAAAAACUAGUGUUACUUUUUCAAAAACCAACGGAAGAAAUCAAAUGUGAAAUCCUUGAAGAGUUUUUUAGUGCGACAUAUGAUAAAAGUAAGCCGAUCUCUACUCAUAUCGGGAAACUAGAGGAGAUUUUUGUGAGACUAAAGGCCACCGACCCCAAGGGAAUAGAUGAUUCCGCCCUCAUCAGCAAGAUCCUGUCUACACUUCCAGACAAACUGAAUUACUUCAAGUCAGCGUGGGAUUCUACUCCUAAAAAUGAGCGCACGCUGGAAGACCUAAAACAUAGGUUGUUCACAGAAGAAGAAAGAAAUGGCAAGAAACCUGAAACAAGUGUGGCCUUCCAAGCCAACUCAAAACAACUCAAGUGCUGGAACUGCGAUAAAGUUGGUCAUUUAUCACGAAAAUGUAAAGCGCCAAGGAAGAAAAAUGAAGAGCAGAAGAAAAACAAAAUGUGGUGUCAAACUUGCCGUAUGUCAAAUCACACUGACAAAAUGUGCUACAAAUCCAAAGAUAAAAGUGGUGAUGAUAACAAGAAUAAAGUGAGCUUCCUGGCACACGCGCGCCAGUACAGAUGA